AAGCUUCAUGGGUGGGAAGCAAAUCAAUACUGAUACCAAUCUUCAACCCCAAACGAACAGCUGUGGUGAGAGAAGUUUUGUGGUCGAUAAUGAUGAUCGGAUAAGUCAGUUGCCGGACGACAUUCUUGUCGAUAUACUGUCUUUGCUAUCGCUCAAAGAAGCAGCUCGAACGAGUGUUCUUUCGUCCCGUUGGAUAAACUUAUGGAAACAUGUACCUUAUCUUGAUUUCGACGUGUCAGCAUGCGAGGGACACAAGUACGUGAAGUGGGUGAACUCCGUUAUCCGAUCACACAAAUCCCCCACCUUGAAAAAACUAAGGAUCCGUUUUCCUUUAGAUGGUAAUUCCAUUACUCGGUGGCUUGAAUUCGCGUUUUCCAGACAUGUUUGGAGGUUGGAGUUUGACUUUGAUGUUUACUUUAAAGAUUUUUGUUUCCCCUACGAGUUAUUAGCCCCGAGAAGCAAUAUGGUUCUCGGAUUUAAGUCCCUCAAAGAAUUGUCGCUUAAAAAAGUUAAUUUGCGAGGUGGAGACAUCGAGUUAUUUUUACGUAACUGCCCUUUACUCGAACAAUUGAUUGUCCAUACCACAUGGACAGUAUCGAAGAUCGAAGUUUGUGGUCCAUCACUCGUGUUGAAACACUUGGAGAUAGUCAAAUGCACGGGCUUGGAAUCACUUAAAGUUUACGCUCCGAAUCUCGCCUCACUUAGUGUUACGAGUCUAAAGGGAGUUUCGCUCGAGAAUGUCCCGAUGCUGGUUGAUGCAACUGUCAGUUGCGACUACGACAGUAUUUCUGUGAAACAUUUACUUUCUGUAUUGUCUAGCUGCAUUUCUCAAUUGGAGACUCUUAAUUUGGUGCCGUCGAGGAUUCACGACAUAGAAGAAACGAUCGAGCUCUACAGUUAUUUCCCUGAAAUGCCUAAACUGAAGAAGUUGGCCAUCGAAUGUUAUUCAUCUGACGAUCAAAGUCUCGUUAGGCUCGCUUCUCUGAUAAGGGCGUCUCCUUUCUUGCAGGAAUUUGUUUUAAAGAAUAAAAGGCAUAGACAAGUGGACUAUGAUGCUGCAGCUAUUAAUACAAGGUUUCGGCACGAGCAUCUUAAAGUGUUCAGAUUUUGUGGAUAUGAGUUUUGCUCCAGUAACAAUGCAUUAGUUCGGUACGUUUUGAAGAACUGCACAGUGCUUGAGAAAAUAAUAGUCGAUCCGUCUGUUGUAUAUUUUUUAAACCGAAUAAGUCGUCGCUUGGAAUCGGAUAAAAAUGCGAGAGACGACGUGGCAAAGCAACAUAUUGAACCGCAAUUGCCUCACGGCGUUCAAUUGUGUGGUGAGAGAAGUUCUGUGGUCGAUAAUGAUGAUCGGAUAAGUCAGUUGCCCGACGACAUCCUUGUCGAUAUACUGUCUUUGCUAUCGCUCAAAGAAGCAGCUCGAACGAGUGUUCUUUCGUCCCGUUGGAUAAACUUAUGGAAACAUGUACCUUAUCUUGAUUUCGACGUGUCAGCUUGCGAGGGACACAAGUACGUGAAGUGGGUGAACUCCGUUAUCCGAUCACACAAAUCCCCCACCUUGAAAAAACUUAAGAUCCGUUUUCCUUUAGAUGGUAAUUCCAUUACUCGGUGGCUUGAAUUCGCGUUUUCCAGACAUGUUUGGAGGUGGGAGUUUGACUUUGAUGUUUACUUUAAAGAUUUUUGUUUCCCCUACGAGUUAUUAGCCCCGAGAAGCAAUAUGGUUCUCGGAUUUAAGUCCCUCAAAGAAUUGUCGCUUAAAAAAGUUAAUUUGCGAGGUGGAGACAUCGAGUUAUUUUUACGUAACUGCCCUUUACUCGAACAAUUGAUUGUCCAUACCACAUGGACAGUAUCGAAGAUCGAAGUUUGUGGUCCAUCACUCGUGUUGAAACACUUGGAGAUAGUCAAAUGCACGGGCUUGGAAUCACUUAAAGUUUACGCUCCGAAUCUCGCCUCACUUAGUGUUACGAGUCUAAAGGGAGUUUCGCUCGAGAAUGUCCCGAUGCUGGUUGAUGCAACUGUCAGUUGCGACUACGACAGUAUUUCUGUGAAACAUUUACUUUCUGUAUUGUCUAGCUGCAUUUCUCAAUUGGAGACUCUUAAUUUGGUGCCGUCGAGGAUUCACGACAGAGAAGAAACGAUCGAGCUCUACAGUUAUUUCCCUGAAAUGCCUAAACUGAAGAAGUUGGCCAUCGAAUGUUAUUCAUCUGACGAUCAAAGUCUCGUUAGGCUCGCUUCUCUGAUAAGGGCGUCUCCUUACUUGCAGGAAUUUGUUUUAAAGAAUAAAAGGCAUAGACAAGUGGACUAUGAAGGUGCAGCUAUUAAUACAAGGUUUCGGCACGAGCAUCUUAAAGUGUUCAGAUUUUGUGGAUAUGAGUUUUGCUCCAGUAACAAUGCAUUAGUUCGGUACGUUUUGAAGAACUGCACAGUGCUUGAGAAAAUAAUAGUCGAUCCGUCUGUUGUAUAUUUUUUAAACCGAAUAAGUCGUCGCUUGGAAUCGGAUAAAAAUGCGAGAGACGACGUGGCAAAGCAACAUAUUGAACCGCAAUUGCCUCACGGCGUUCAAUUGGUUAUUCUUUAA